GUUUUCAGGUGAGAUUUUACUUUAGGAAAAUCUGGUUUUGGUAUCUUUUUCAGUGAUGGCGAACCGACAGUAGGAAACUUCUUCCCUCGGGGCCUGUUAAAACCCAGCCUCUCUAGGAGUGAGCUGUUGCCGCAGAAUGGGCUGCUGGCUCCUGCCCUGCUUCCUGUGAUCGAGCCGGCCCUGAGGACUCUGUGGAGAUGCCUGUAACCCACCGGAAAUCAGACGCAUCUGACAUGAACUCGGACACCUCCCCCAGCUGCAGGCUCCGAGCCUUCAGCAGAGGCGGCAGCCUGGAGAGUCGAAGCAGCAGCUCUCGCUCCAGAAGCUUCACUUUGGAUGAUGAGAGCCUGAAGUACCUCACCCAUGAGGAAAAGGACGUCCUCCUGUUUUUUGAAGAGACGAUUGACUCCCUAGACGAGGACUUUGAGGAGCCAGUGCUGUGCGAUGGAGGAGUGUGCUGCCUCUGCUCCCCAUCUCUGGAGGAGAGCAUCUCCAGUCCCUCCGAGCCUGAAGAUGUCAUCGACUUAGUGCAGCCAGCACCUGGCGCCAGGGAAGCUGAGGGCCUUCCAGAGGGGACCCAGGCAGCAGGGCCUGCACCUGCCGGGAAGGAGCACAGGAAACAAGAUGCUGAGACUCCUCCACCUCCGGACCCCCCGGCUCCCGAGACCCUUCUUGCGCCACCACCCCUGCUUAGCACCCCCGAUCCCCCCAGGAGGGAGCUGCGCGCCCCCUCCCCGCCGGUGGAGCACCCCAGACUCCUGCGCUCUGUUCCCACGCCCCUCGUUAUGGCGCAGAAGAUUUCCGAGAGGUUGGCGGGGAACGAAGCCCUCUCGCCCACCUCCCCGUCCAGGGAGGGCCGGCCCGGGGAGUGGAGGACACCUGCCGCCCGGGGUCCCCGCAGUGGAGACCCUGGCCCGGGGCCCAGCCACCCGGCGCAGCCCAAGGCACCCCGCUUCCCCAGCAACAUCAUCGUCACCAACGGCGCGGCCCGGGAGCCCCGCAGGACCCUGUCCAGGGCGGCCGUCAGCGUGCAGGAGCGCAGGGCGCAGGUGUUGGCCACCAUCCACGGCCACGCCGGCGCCUUCCCCGCCGCGGGGGACGCCGGUGAGGGGGCCCCAGGGGGCGGCUCCUCCCCGGAGCGGGUGGCGCGUGGCCAGGGCCUGCCGGGCCCCGCUGAGAGUCUCCGGGCAGGGGGUCAGGCUCCGCGGGGCCCGGCACUGGCCAACGGCUUCCCAAGUGCGCACGAGGCCCUGAAGAGCGCACCCAGCUCCUUCGCGCCCGCCGGGAAGUCCCUCUGCUUCCGCCCUGGCCCGGCCCUGCCCAGCACGCGGGCCCGCCAGAGCUUCCCCGGGCCCCGGCAGCCCAACGGCGCCCAGGACUGGCGCCGCGCAGACUCCCUGCCCCGGCCCCAGGGCAUCACCGUGCAGUUCGCGGGGCGCGGCUCCUCGGAGGAGUCGCGCAGGGAGGCCCUGCGGAAGCUGGGGCUGCUCAGGGAGAGUUCGUGAGGGCCGCGCGGGCUCCAGUCCACCCUGUUUCUCCCCACCCUGAAGAGAGGGUGAAAGAGUCGCUGCACCCAGGAGCUGUUUGGUCUAAAAUGGAAGUGACAGCGGGAGCCCCUGCCCUCUGUGGCACAUCGGAGUCUAGAGGUGCCUGGCUGGGGCCUCCUGGCUGAGCCCGCACCGCAGGCUCCAGCCACCGGCACAGAGAACUCUUCCCUAAAGGAAUCUGGCCGAGGGCUUGUCUCCCUUUUCCCAAGAACUGAGAGAGAGAAUAACCUGUUAGACCCAUAGGUUUCCGUGAUGUGUAAAUGCCAUCUUUUGGGGGUUGGGAGGAGCAGGACUGGUCUGAUUAUCAUUCUUGAGUCUCAUCUACCCUCUUCUCGAAGUACAUGACAUGAAAGUUCAGAUCCCUUCCACUCAGGAUUCUCGCCGCCUUUUCUAAGAAAAUAAUAAAAAAAAAUGCUUGUUUCAUUUUGUAA